CUCAUCAGCGACUCCACCAGGCAUCGAAUCGAGUCGUUUAUCCUACUCUUCGCUGCCGUGCCGUUCGGUGCGCUCGGCUGCUGCGCGAACCUGAUCAACGUCGCCGUGUUCAUCAGGCAGGGCAUCGGCGACUGCGUCUCUUUUUGCCUACUCGCCCUCACCGUCUCUGACUUCCUCAGCAUAGUCGCCGGCCUCGUCUUCAACGGGGCCUACGUCCUCGUCUACGUGAACGACCUGGCGUCCGUGGACACGGUUGCCCUGGACGUGGUCGUCAACCACGUGUGCGCCAUGUUCUACGACAUCUCGCAAGCGGUCAUCGCUUUCGUCGCUCUCGAGAGGUGCAUGUGCGUGACGCUGCCGCUCAGGUUCAAAGGGAUGUUCACUUUUCACCGCGCGGUCCUCGUGGUGCUGGGUCUGUACGCCUUCACCAUUGUGGUGUACGUCCCUCACUACCUGACCAGUGGGCUGGUCUGGUCGGAGGUCCCGUUUCGUAAUCUGACCAGGCUGACGUUGUGGAUGUCCGACAACAGACCGGAAGUCGACCUGUAUUUGAAUUCCUUCAACCACAUCGCAAUGGCGACCAUCUAUCAGAUCACUGUGGUGGUUAGCUCGUGGUUGAUGGUUCUCGGGAUCAACCGAUCCAUGAAAUUCAGAGAAAGGGACACGUCGGAAGUCGGCCAGGUCACUGCCGCUGACAGGAAACGUAAAACAACGCUGGGCCGAGGUGGCUCGGUUAAUAAAACCAGACUCAAAGAUAGAUCCACCAAGACGCAGUCCGUCGUCAAGACAGUCUUGUGUCUCGCGAUCAUCUCCAUCGUCUGCAACGCCUACCGUCUGACCGUCGUCUACGGCAGAAGGUUCAACACAGAGUUCAGUUUUCUCGGGGCCUACAGGAACACGUACGCCGUGGCGCUGCGUCUGCUCUUCUUCACGCAGACGACCAACGCCUCGGCGAACCUCGUGGUCUACUACAACCUGAACGCCACUUUCAGGAGUAACUUGGUCAAGACUUUCUGUCCUUGCCCCAAGACGUUUGAGAAGUGA